CAACAUUUGAACUUGGGUUGCGUUAAAAAUUUAUUUAUUUUAACAAACUAAUAUAAAAUUCCGGUAAUGAAACAAAUUUAAUAGAAAUUCAUUCUGAAUGCGUCAGGAUUUUCGGGACUAUUUUCUUUCAUAGCAUUAUAAACAGAAAGGUACCAAAGAGCCAUGGGCAGCCCACAAAUAGAUCUGGACAAACCUCGAUACGAUCAGAGCACGUAUUCGGGUAGAGCCAAGCACUUCCUGCAACUGACCAAUCCUCUCAACGUGUUGGCUUCGGAUGCGGAACUCGACGAGGCACAGAGGAUCGUUGCUGAAUUCAGAAAAACACGUCGUAUGCCGCCCGGAUACGAUGAAGAGAAGCUAUGGAGUACUAAAUAUUUGUACGACAGCGCCUUCCAUCCAGACACGGGAGAGAAAAUGUUCGUGCUCGGACGCAUGGCGGCACAGGCUCCCAUGAACACUAUCAUUACGGGAUGUAUGAUAACAUUCUACAAGACAACGCCGGCCACGGUUUUCUGGCAAUGGGUGAAUCAGACCUUCAACGCUGUCGUGAACUACACGAAUCGAUCAGGAGAUGCACCUAUAAGUACAUCACGUCUAUUGGCUUCAUAUUGCGCUGCCUGCGGAGGCGCUCUCGGUACAGCUUUGUAUCUUAAUAGCAAAGUUAAGAACAUGAAACCAAUCUACGCCCGUUUGGUUCCAUUCGCGGCCGUCUGCGGAGCUAAUUUCAUCAAUAUUCCCAUGAUGAGGAGCAAUGAGAUAGCGAACGGCACGCCGGUGUUCACGGCGGACGGAGAACGCGUCGGCGAGUCUAAGACCGCCGCGCGGAGCGGCAUCGCUUUAGUCUGCAUCUCUAGGGUACUCAUGGCCGUACCGGGAAUGACCUUGACGCCAAUGAUCACGAACUACGCCACGCGUCGCGGCAUGUUCUGCCGCUGGCCGCUGCUGGUGGUGCCGUUCCAGCUGUCGCUGGUGGGGCUGUGCGUCACGUUCGCGACGCCGCUCUGCUGCGCCCUCUUCAGUCAGACCGCCGCCAUAGCCGUCGACAGUCUCGAAGCCGAUCUGAAGGAAAUCGUAAAGAAGAAACACCCUCAAGUCAAGGAGUUGUAUUACAAUAAGGGACUCUAACCGUUAAUGGGGCUUAAAAUAACUGACGUCAUUUCAUAAUGUACCGAAUAAGUUUGUCUCGAUUAAAAAGACGACUAGAUCAAUUUUGUAGCGAAGAGCAUUCAUCUGGUGAUUGGUUGUGAUCCGCUGAAACUGUAUAAAUCUAGAGGUCUUGUACUUACGGGAAGUAGUUUUAGUGACAUUUGUCGAUGACCUUGAGCGAUGUUGAGCAAUCAAUGUGGUACGGACCGUAUACUUGCCUUCGUUUGUCCUAAAAACGUAAACCCUCUCACUGCUAUUACUAUGAAUAUUUGCUACCAUAUACUGUACGCGGAUGUCGACUUGGAGCCACAUUUUCCAAGAACAAACACUGCGGAGUAACAUUCGCUUGGAUAAAAGUCCAGAAAUCUCUACUGAUAGCUAGUUUUGAUAAAGAUAGAUUUGAAAUAGUUCUGUAAUAAUCCGAGUAUAAGCACCUAUGAAUAAGGUGGGGACGAUUCGAGCAAAAGAGAACCAAGCUCAGUUGUAGUUUACAAUCGGUGAAACUCAGCAAUCUGGUUUAAGCACAAUCAGAAUGCUUUUAGUUUCAUAUGUAUCACUGGCUAACUUUAUUAAUACGUUCGGGUUUGGCACCGCCCCACGCAUCCCAUUUCGCCGUCUUGUUGUCAGAUUGCGCGACCAUUUACUAUUAUCUCUGACAAUCAUUUUUGCGAUAAACAAGCAACCAAUUCGUUUAUCAGCAGUUUAGGGUUGUCAGCGAAAAUAGCACCGCGAAUCAAUUCUAAAAACUCAUGUGCUUAGUGAGAGUUUUUUAACGUUCUCGAUAGCGUAAAAGUUAGCUCAUAUUUGUAUGGAAUAGAAUCGUUUUCUUACGUUUGCCGCUAGGGGCGCUGUUCCAACUGCAUACAAAAUUUGUCUAACUCUUACGCUAUCGACAACCUUAAAAAACUCGCACUAAGCACAUCUGUGUCCUCAGAAUCCUUGCCUAUCCCUAGUUGAGCGAAUCUGGGCUAUGCUAAUUACUUAAAGACCCUAAAAUAUCGGUAAUCUUCAACCACUCUUUAUGAACCAUUAAAACCGCUCAGUAGAACUAACCCCUUAGAAGGGUAGUGACUCAGCAAGCAGACAAUUGCUAAACUCUUUUGACGUGUCCCAAAAAAUUCAAAUCAAGGUGACUACGUAUGUAGACCCCUAAAAUUGGUGGAAUUCUCAUGAAAUACGAAAUGGGUGGUCUACAUAAAAACUUUGUCCCAAAAAGUCAAGAGCGAUAAUGAAUUUUAGUAAUUACAAUUAAAUGUAAUACAUUUCGCGAAAUAGGCUGAACGCCCACAUUCGCCAUAUUGUUUUUAGAUUUGACAUUAACUCACGGAUAAUAAUGUUGAAAAAUAUAAAACAAAUAUUAAGCGGACAUGUUCCUUUUUGUAUACAUUCAAUUUAAUUUUGAGAAGAGAUAAUUUUAGCAAAUAUCGGUGCAACAAGUUAGAGCGUAAUGUGUUGGAAAGCGAGGUAAUGUGGAAAUAUGAUUGAGAAAAAUUACAUUUGACACAAAGCUUUAAAUAAACUUUCUUAAUAAACUUAUUCGGUUCACAAUACAUCAUGAAAUGGUAACAUACCGUAAUUUUAGAUUAUUUUAUUUGUUUUUGAAGCAUUUAGUCGCAUUUUACAAACAUUCCUUUUUAUUUGAAUUUAUUUUUGAAUAAUUUUCUCAC